CACCGCCCGUAUCGGAUUCAAUAUAUCUUGCGAGUUUAACAGCUGGUUGCGGUCGUAAGCUGAAAUGACGACGAUGGCAAACUCCUCAGAGGGACAUACCGUCAAGCCGACAAACACGAAUAAAUCAACGACGACUGAAAUCAAUCUUCUUGCACCCAUGGAAGGUGUAAGAAAACGAAGACGAUUAGAAUCUCUGACAACGAACUCGGAAAUCCCUAAGAAAACGCAGCGAUGUGACGAGCCGUGCAAUUGCGAUUUUGAGAUACUCAGCGAAAAAACUGAAGAUAUAGAAGACAGAAAAAUCUCAUUAUUGCCACGUUUCAGGAAAAAAUUGUAUCGGGCUAUACCAGUGAACUCGCAGGACGCAAAAACAUCACGAUCUUGCGAAACAGAUGUGGAAAGGAGUGAUGCCACUAGAUUAAGGAAAACGAUACAAUGGCUAGAGAAUGGAGCGCGAAGGUUACGCGAAGAUCUGGCGAACGUGCGAACGGAGUUACAUGAAGAGCGGAGGGCAGCAAAGAUUGCCAAAAGGGAGUUUGAAGCUGCCCUCAGGGAAGCUAGAAUCGCCGAGGCUGCCAAGUAUCAACCCAUCAUAACCGAGCUGAAGAAUAAAAUCGCUCAUUUCGUGCCGCCGUUGUCAUUGCCGUCAUUCAAAUCGGAUUCCGUGAAGAACGAAAAUCACAGACGUGAACUAUCGACUCUCAGGAAAAACUUAGCUGAAGCUGAGAGUACGAUACGGAAAUUCGAAGGGCAAUUCAUGAAAUCACGAACGAACACCACUCGCAAUACUAAUAGUAUUUCUUCCUACAACGACGUACGUCGUUUAGAAGCAGAAAUACGAACUCUUCAUGCCGAAAACGAAAAACUCGAAGAAAAAUUGCGUAUCGCUCUAAAUGUCGAGAAGACUCGUAUUGUUGAGAUACGAGUUCAACGAGAGAAUCAUGAAACAGAGCUUUCCGCAUUACGAAAAUCGCUUCGCAACGAAACUAUAAAAAUGAUGGACGAACUGCGAAGCAAGAGCCGAGAGAUUGAGAAGAUGUCGAAACUCUUAAAACGUCGAAAGUCGGUGCCAAGGGAGCACAAUACGAUGCGGAAAUUACGGGAAAAUGAAAAAAACCGACCAAUACCAUCGGCAUCUUACAUAAAAAAAAAGAUUCUCACAGAUGAUGGCCAUACGGUGGAGUCAUAUGUCCGCGCAGUAAAAUCUGACAAAGCCAUAAAUGAAAUCGAAGUCGAGCAUCUCCGUGAACUUGCGCUUGAACAGCAGGAAGUCAUCGAAAUACUUAAACAGACAAUUAAGGAAAGAGAAAGAAAGUUGGAGCAAUUAUUAAACAAGAAAAAGAAGGAGGAAUUUUAUAAACAAUGGCUUGAAUUGGAGCCAGUUGCCGAAGUUGAUGACGAAGAAGAUCACGAAGAUGAUCAUGACAGCGCUUUGUCGAGUGCCCCGUCUUCGAUGUCACCACAGCCUGGAGGCUAUGGUCAAUGGCAAAAUAAUGGUAUUACUAAAGAAGCAUACGAGGCCAUCCUUGUCGAGAUCGAGGAGUUACAGUCAAAGUUUCUUAGAGAGCAACGAGAACUUUCGUCUGCCAAGAUUCAAAUUUGUGACUUGGAAAAAGCGCUCUUACAAGAGAGAUGUGUUGAUCGUGAUAAGGAGGUAAGCGAAUUGAAUGAUAAACUUCGAGCUGCCGAAGAACGAGAAGCAACACUUUUAGUGGAGCUUUCAGAAAUACGAGAGCAAAAUGAGCUCUUGGAAUUUCGACUGCUCGAACUAGAAGAAACAACUGUGCGUAGAGACAGUCUCGAUCAUGUGAUGGACAGCGGCAUCGUCUCGCCGGAACCCAUUCACGCAAACAAGGCUCAUCUAACAAACCAACAGAGAAGCCGCGCUGUUGCGACUGUGAUACCUUACACAAAUAACGCUACAUUGAUAAGCCCCGUGAAAUCCGCGUCACCCGUGUUACCGCGCAAGCCUCCGCUCACUCUUCAGGAGAGCGGUAUUUUUGAGGAAGAGGAACACAUACACGAGGACGAAGAGAGUUUACUCGAAGUUGAGCUUACCAAUCGUAGCACUCAGACGGAUGUGCCGUCCGGUGAACUUCUUCAGGAAGUGCAGCGUCUCCAGGAGUUGAGAGCUCGAAUUCAGGAACGUGCGGCUAAGAUUACAACAUCGAUCUUUCAUCCGAUUGAUUCAUCUAAAAUCUAUUUCGAUGUAUCAACGAUGGAUUCAAUAGUUCAGCUGACCUCCUACCAAGAGCGCGUUCGCGAUCUUGAGGAGAGACUUGAGAUUUGCGAGGAAACGGAAAAGGAUCGAGAAAGAGAGAAGCAGCUGUCGAAACAACGAGAAGAGGAGUUGCUGGAUGAAAAUUAUAAACUUACUGAGAAGAUAUAUUGGUUGGAGAACGAGCUGCGAAACAUCUCGGGAUUUAGUUUCGAAAAAGAUGGACAUCAAGAUGGGACGCCUAAUAUGCAGCAAAUAAAAAAUAUAGAUUUUAAUAAAUAUCAAGUUCUAAAAAUUUCAGAGAAUUUAGAAGAUGUGCAAAAUCGGCUAAAAGAUACAAAUUGCACGCGAUCUACUCAAACCAUGAAAACAUGGGUGAAUAGUAUGAUUGUGUCUCAAUGUCAACAUCAGGAUAACGUGGAAAAUUUCGAUCAACAGAUUGCCUUAGGAGCGCAAUGCAAUGUCACGCUUAUAUCUCUAGAGGAGAAGAAGAAGGAAGACAAAGUGGAAUUUCUUGAACUCGAAGAACCGGUCGUUAUUGAUCUUACCAAAAGCGAUUCAGAAAAGAAGGUUAGACGAAGGCAAAUUAAGAAUAAUGAGCACGAAGUAAGAUCCGCGAAAACAGCGAGAAUGGCAAAUGUCAGGUUCAUUCCUGAUGUUUCUUUCGAGCGAAAAAAUUAUCCGUUGGUCUUAUAUCAAGAAAUUUGCGUAUAGCUCUUACGGCCGCGCUAUGUCAAAUUUUUAAUAAUGAACUAUAGUAAGACGGGUGUGAUUUAGAAGACUCGAUAACGUCUAGUGAGUUUCUGCUGUAAUUUCAUUUUCACAUCGAAAAAAGUUAUGCUCGCGUCAUAAAUAAAAACUAGUGUUUGUCCGAGUUAAUGUGUAGUUUUGAAGAGAAGCUGUGGGAAUUCUUUCGCGCGAUAGAGGAACAACGGCUUCCAGAAAAUAACGGCGAACAGGAGAAGACCGAGGUCGUAUGUGGAAAAAAAGUGUGGAUGAUGAGGAGGUGAGGGGAAGAAGGAGAAGGAAAGUUAACCAACCACAUAUCUACCUUACGUCUUUGAACCAAAUGAUCUACUUUCGUUGGAAAUAAAAGUGAGAAAAGGCUUUUCUUCGUCUCUCACCGUUCCAGAUCCCGUUUAUUCACCCACGAGUUUCACGGAAGAGACAAUAAACCCGUGGGUAAAUUCGUGGCACGAACGAGGACAAUACGGCUGGCGCUGCUUGGUAUGCCCAAGUAACGAUCAGAAAUGGUACGUUCUAAAAAGAAACAAGGGCGCUUGCGGAUGAACUCUGGUGACCCUCGGUUUGGCAGAGUUAUUUCAUUUCCCCAUAUCACGAUCAACAUUUUCGUACAAGCUGUGAAAUCAAGUGCCAAAUAAGCCGUAAAUUACACUCUCUUCCACGCGAGCGUAAAUUAAAGAAUAAUUGCAAAAUAAUUUUAUAUACGUUUUAAAAUAUUUAUAAUAAGAAUACGCCCGGAGAAAAAUCAGAUUGACAAUGAAUGAAUACACUAAACAGACAUGUUCGUGUGCCGAUGUAUUAAAUGUAUCUCUUAAUGCGCAAUGUGUUUUCUACAUAUUGGAAUAUAAAUAUACUCUAGAUGCAAAUUUAAAUUUAAAAUGACAAGAAAGAUGUCGUGUAAAAAAACGAAUAUGGAAUAUGACAUAUACUCUGCGAAUAUGGAAUAUGACAUAUACUCUGCAUAUACUAUUACAAAUUAAUACACGAUUAGUGAUGUUGGUAUGCAUUCAAUGAUUAAUAAAAACAUGUCUGUGCAGUGUCAUUCGCAUUGUAAACAAAGAUUAUACUGUAUCUAUAUCAGCGAUUAUCGAAGAAUUAUUUAAUUAAUCAUAUAAGUAUGUAUAUAUCAUAGAGAAUAUAAUUUCUCAACGAAUUAAUUCGCUUGCCUUGACAUCUUUUAAUUAUUUUUUAAAACUGUUUUGACAAUUUUACAUGAUAAAUUAGAAUAUAUAUGGAGUGUAACAAAACAACUGUAAUUGAAAUUAUUCAAUAAUAUCAUGAAUUUUAAC